CAUGGGUUAUGCAGGAACUGCAGGCAUGACUUGGGGUUGGCUCGUCGCCAUGAUCGGUAUCCAGGCCGUAGCCAUGAGCAUGGCUGAGCUGUGCUCCUCUAUGCCCACCAGCGGCGGGCUCUACUACGCAGCUGCAGUCCUCGCCCCGCCAGGAUGGGGACCACUCGCGGCUUGGGUCACUGGAUGGUCCAAUUGGCUAGGGCAGGUGACGGCUGCACCGUCCGUCAACUGGGGAAUUUCUUCAAUGAUACUGGCUGCAGCUUCAAUCACGAACCCCGACUACGUCCCUACCGAUUACCAGGUCUUCCUCCUCACCACCUUCAUCAUGCUUAUCCACGGCGUCAUGUCCUCCCUACCCACACGAUGGCUAGCACAGAUCAACUCUGGAGGCUCAACCUUCAACUUUAUCGCUUUGAUUGUUGUCAUCAUCCUCAUUCCCGCCGGCACAGAUCGUGAAUCUCGCGGCCUGCCGAAGUUCACCAAAUCGAGCGAAGUCUGGGGCGACAUCUAUGCCGGUACCGAGUUUCCCGCUGGCAUCUCCGUCUUGAUGAGCUUCAUCGGUGUCAUUUGGACCAUGAGCGGCUACGACAGCCCAUUUCAUCUUGCAGAAGAGUGCUCCAACGCCAACUUGGCUUCACCCCGUGCCAUUGUCCUCACCUCUGCAACCGGGGGAAUUUUCGGCUGGUUCCUCCAGCUUGUAGUCGCCUACACCGUCGUCGACAUCGACUCUGUGCUGGGCUCUGAUCUCGGCCAGCCUUUUGCGGCCUAUCUUAUGCAGUGCAUGCCGCAGAAGAUCACCCUCGCUAUCCUCGCCAUCACCAUCAUUGCCGGCUUCGCUAUGGGCCAGGGUUGCAUGAUCGCCGCCUCCCGAGUCACCUUUGCCUACGCCCGCGAUGACUGCUUCCCGAUGUCCAAUUAUUGGAAGCAGGUCAACCCCGUCACCCACACUCCUGUCAAUGCUGUGUGGUUUAAUUGCAUCAUUGGCAUCUUGCUUCUCUUUCUCAUUUUCGCUGGCAACGUCGCCAUUGGCGCGCUCUUCUCCAUUGGCGCCAUCGCCGCGUUCGUCGCGUUCACGACACCCAUUUUCAUCCGGGUUUUCUUCGUCGGCAAUCGGUUCAGGCCUGGCCCGUGGCAUCUUGGCAAAUUCAGCAUCCCGAUCGGUGUGGUUGCAAGCGCGUUUGUGGCUCUCAUGGUGCCGAUCUUGUGCUUGCCGAGUGUGAAGGGUGCGGAUUUGACUCCUGACCUCAUGAACUGGACCUGCCUCGUGUACGGCGCACCCAUGCUCGGCGCUAUGGUUUGGUGGUUCGUCUCCGCGCGCAAGUGGUUCAAGGGACCGAAGGUGAACGUCGAACACAUGAUGUUGGGCCGCGACGGCAACGUCGUUGAAGGGGAGGCGAAGGGAAAUGACAGUGGUUCAGAAGAUGGACCGACGGUUGCGGAGCUGGCUGAUUCGAAGAAGGCUGCGGAGCUGGCUGAUUCGAAGAGGGCUGCGGAUGCUCUAUGACUGCGAUGAGGAAUGAGUCUGUCUAGGUAUGAUUAUCUUAUUUACGUGAUAUAAUUAGUUCUGCUACUUAAGCUAAGGCGUGCUUGAUGAGCGAUACCAUGUAUCAAUUCAAUUUUUAGUUUACUAUCGUAUUUGAUUUGUGGAGAUGAGAUUCCUGCUGGAGGAAUGGAUGUAUGAGUUUAUGGGAGCUGUAGAACGAUGCACGGGCGGUUAGAACGUUUCCACAUUCCCUUUGGAAACAAAGUUUCUCUCCCGUCACUUUAAGUCGGAGUCGGAACAUUCAAGAGUCUCUUAAGGGGAGUCAAGCACUGGCUGUUGACGCCACGAUCCGAAACCGUGUUUGAAACGCGUUGACGAUGCGGCCAAUCAUCGCGCGUCGUGGGACACCACGUGACUAAUGCAAAACGUCU